AUGGACUUCCUUCAGGCUCUUCUGCCGGAUAUUGAGCAGUGGAUUGGCUCUACGUCUCUUGACGAAAUGGAAUCUGCAGAGGGAAGUUACGUCUGGCACAGAGAUUGCGUCCUUGAGCAAUGGUCGCCGGGUUUAGAGUAUGCACAUAACACGUUGUUGACGAGCAAGACAAGUGUGCGCGUGCAGUUUCUCCAAGAAGAGUUGUUAUCAUUGUCUAGGAGAGAUGAUCUCAACCUGUCUCAGACACUGGAUAUCUUCAAACUUCUUACCGAAACUUACCCACGAUAUGUAGAUCAUGCGUCGAGAGGGGCCGUAGAGGCCGUCGGAUUGGAGCUCGUACGUGUAGAUGAAGCGCGAGAAGAAAAGUUGGGUGUCUUGGAACAAAUUGUAGGGUGGAUAUCGAUUGAAGUGGGCAGAAUAUCCAAAGGAACAACCUCGUAUGCUCCAUCGGACAUGUUUGUUUUGCUGGGCUGGUGCUGUGGGCUAUACGCGGUCUGCGUCGAGAUCGACAAACACUUCGUCUCUUCGCAUUCUUGGAAUCUUCUCACUGGAUCUCUGGCCCUACUCGUGGAUACUCUGAUGAAUCCAACCACAUGUGCGAAACCCUCGAUGAAGAAAAGUGUCUUGGUUCGAACACGGCGGGCUUUGCGAUCGGUACGCGACAAUAAUCACGACCGAAGAGGAUGUGCAGCUGUACUAACUUAUUUAAAGGCACCACAAUACCUGAUGGACCUCUUAAACACACUUAUAUUGCAUUCCAAGUCGUCCUCGUCGCCCCUUGCGUCGAUCCCUCUGCUAGGCAUUGCUGUGGACGUUGUUGGGCAUCUGAAAACCGUCAAGGAUCAAAGCCUUAAGUCUGUCCCAGAGAACAUCAAGAUCGAAAUCAUCACUUUAUACUCAAGCUCAAUUCUCAUGGCCCGGACAAUCGUAUCAAGUCAUGUUUUGACUUCCCUCAAAGGCUUUCUUCAAACCCUUUCUGAAAGCGAUUUCUCUCAUCAAAUACUCCCUACGAUGGAAAAGGCACUCCUUCGUUCUCCGGAAUACGCUUUGGAAGUCACACGCGAAUUCUUCAAUGUUUACCCACAUACCCUCGACGUCGAGACAUUCCGCCAAAUUCUGACGCCAACGCUAAGCUGUUCCAAGUCGGCCAAUUCCUUAGUUCGUUCAGGCUCAACGUUACUAUUCAAGAUCAUCAUCGGAAGAAGCUCCCCUGAUAGUGUGGAGUUUGCGGCUACAGAACUUCUCAACCUGGCAAAGGCAAAUACGUCUUCGGGCCCUGAUCGACAAAUCCUCUACAUUAUGCUCGGGAGCCUCUUGCCUUCCGAAACGGUGUCUAGGUCCAUGCUCCAAAUCGCCCCGGCGCUUAUUGUGAAGGACACUCGCGAUGUCACGAUAUCCGCUCUCGGCUCCGCCCUGGCAUCUCACGUUCUGUUCCAUCUCCGCGAAAAUAGACCGUUACCUCCCGGCACGUUAGCAUCUCUGGUAAGUGGAAUGCAAAGCACGAAGCCUGCGAUUCGGCGUGCAUUUUUAUCUUUGGUCGGUGACGCAUUCUGGGAACUUGGAAGCGUCUCGACAGAAGAGUCUCAGCACCUUGCUAAGGCAGUAUUUCAAGCCUUCGAAGCGAGCUUGAAGGCGGUGGCUGCAAAUCCCUUGACUGGGGCAUUGGACGGUUAUGUGGCCUUAGGGAUUUUACUUGGACCUUUCUCUCGCUCCGGCGCCUUCGAGGAUGCAAUUGCGCGCAACGCUAUCGUCCAAUCCAUAUCCGCGACUUCUUCGAAGCCGUCAUUCCUCUUAUGGGAUAAAGUCUACUUGAAAAUAAACAACGAAGAAGAACAGACAUGGCUUCUGAGAGCUCUGACGAGCACUUUGAUGUUCUAUCACAAGGAAUUGUCAAGCAACCAGUCGUUCAGGACACAGCUCGGUUCGGCUUUCCUUCAUCUUGCUGUCGAUUGCCAAAGUCCAGAAUUUCGCAGACAAACUAUAUCUACUGUGAAUCGUGUGGCAUCCUUUUCCCCACAGGUCGUCAAUGCUGUUGUCCACGAUGCUCUACUGGCUCACGUUGUCCGAGGCAAGGCUUUUUCACUAAAACAGCAGAAUGGGACUUCAGACGAUCACCAGCCCACGAGGAACACGCAGCCUCGACUAAUGGCUUUCUUAUCGGCAAGUGUGUCCUUCAGCGAUGAUGUAGAUACAUUUAAACGAGAAGAGCUCCUCUCUGACCUUGUGAUUUUGGGCCAUCACCCAUCGAUCUGCGGAAAUUCGAGACAAGCAUGGAUAGAGCUCUGCCAAAAAGCACAAGUUGAUCCAAGGUCACUCGUGAAUCAUCAAUUGGACAAACUCUUCCAAAUCAUUUUAGAUGCCAGCGAGGAUGACGGGAAGAGCGAGUCGAUCAGGAUCCGCGAAUCGAGCUAUAGAGCGUUCACAACCCUAGCGUUCGUGUCGCCCGAUACGGUGCUUCCUCGGAUCAUGGAGCAGUUGCGCACGGAUCUUGAUUCUGAUGUCAAAACGCUCAGUAAUACGGAUGUGGACAUCUGGAGUGCUCCCGAGGGCACUCCCUUCAUCGAUGUACUAUUAUUGAAGAAAGCCCCUGAGACGCAGACGAAAGGCAAAGGAGCCGAUUUGGCGAAAUGGGAUGCCGAAAUUCGCAAAUCUCUAGCUGGGAAAAAAAAUGUGGCCGCUCCCAUACUAUCCAAGCAGGACGCAGCUUUGGUGAAAGCGCAAGUAGAGAAGGAAUCACAAAUUCGCCGGCGCGUCACUGGGAUCAAAACAAGGUUGGAGCGUGGCCUGCAGGUCAUCAGCCACCUCGUAUCGGGGAAUAUCGACGGUCUGCAUGAGCAUGUUUCGGAUCUCGCAGGUCUCCUUUUGUACGGAGGCUCCCUCGGCAAAGGAUCGGCACUUGUGGGAAGGAGCUCUUUCGACACUUAUCUGGAUUUAUCGAAAUGCUGCUCUGUUCGUCUCGAUACAUUCGGAACAUGGACCGGAAUUGCAACUCUACGCAGCCUCGAAAUGGCUGCAGUUCCAGAAGAAUUGAAGACCGAACCGAUCAAUGAACUGCUCACAAGGGUUUUAUACCGGCUUCGCUCACUAUCGGAACAGACGCCGCUAGAUUCAGCCACCUUCUCUUAUAUAUUCCCUCUCCUUCGACAAGUUCUUUUCCAGGGCGGCAUCGGGCUCAACGAAGAAGAUGAUCCACUCGAACAAGUGUCUCUGUCUCUGAGUAUCAUCAAAUUCCACUGCGGAGAGUUCAAUGAUGCGGCCUUCCCUCGAUUUCAGAUCAUCGAGGGGUUGCUUCAUGCCAUGCGUCACCAGCUAAAGCUCAGCAAAGAAGCUUCUUCAACACUCAUUGAACUCAGUCAAGCUAUUUAUCCGAACGCCACAAAAGACGAAACUGCGUUACUUCUACGUGGCACUCUAUCGCAAGAAGCUCACGUUCGCACGUCUUGUCUGCAGGCCUUGCAGCCCUUUGACCUGACCGACCUCGACUGGUCACCAGCACUUUUGGUCGCGGUUCACGAUAGUGAUGAACAAAAUGCAAGGCUCGCAGGGCAUAUAUGGGAAGAUAACGGGCUAGACAUCCCCGAAUCUUACCUUCCAGAUCUAUUAACCUUCCUUGAUCACGAGAAUGCCUAUGUACGUACCAGCGCGGCAGCUGCGUUUAUAGAAGCCGUCGACCACUGGCCAUCAUCCACGACAUCAACUCUUAUUGCCCUGCAGGAUCUCUACCGUGAUAAGGCGAAAAUCCUUGCUCCUGAAUUUGAUCAAUACGGCAUGCUUGUUGAACAAAGCCUUGAUCGCACGGACCCAUGGCAAGCACGUUUGGCAAUUGCUGAAGCGUUUCAACAUUUGGCGCCCCUGUUCACCAAAGCCGACGUCGCGCCUUUCUUCGAAUUUUUGAUAAAGCAUGAAGCUCUCGGAGAUCGCAAUGCAGAUGUGCGGAGAGGGACUCUCGAUGCUGGCAAUAUCGUCAUCGAUCAUCACGGCUCUGCGCAUCUUACGGAUCUCAUCCACACUUUUGAGGAUCACCUAGCGCAAUCAAACACAUCGUCCGAGACUGCCGACUACAUACAAGAAGCCGUCGUCAUCCUUUUCGGCCGUGUGGCCCGUCAUCUUGACGUAACGGAUUCUCGGUUGCCAACCAUUGUUACACGGCUUGUUGAGGCUUUGAAGACCCCGUCAGAACAGGUCCAAUUUGCUGUCUCUGAUUGUCUGGCCCCUCUCGUGAAACUCACCAAAUCUUCGGUUUCCACGCUUGUCGAUCAGCUUUUCGACGAACUUUUUGGUGCGCCCAAGUAUGCCGCUCGACGAGGUGCUGCAUAUGGCCUCGCUGGAGUUAUCAAGGGCGUUGGUAUCUCUGGGAUGAAAGAGUUUGAUAUACUCACACGUCUACGAACUGCGACCGAGGACAAAAAGCAAUAUGAACCGCGACAAGGUGCCAUGUUCGCCCUCGAGACAUUUUCAAGCACGCUUGGAAGGCUUUUCGAGCCCUACGCAAUUCAUGCUCUGCCUCUCCUUUUAACUUCGUUUGGCGAUUCGAUACCCGAUGUGCGCGAAGCUGCUACCGAUGCCGCACGAGUUAUCAUGGGUAAUAUGUCUGGUUAUGGUGUGAAGCUGAUUCUGCCAGACCUUCUCUCAGGUUUAGAUGAAAAACAGUGGCGAACUAAGAAAGGAUCGAUCGAACUCUUAGGAAUGAUGGCCUACUGUGCUCCGAGACAGCUUUCGCAAUCACUUCCGAUCAUCAUUCCCCGUCUCACUGGCGUUCUGACUGACUCUCAUGCUCAAGUUCGCGCUGGUGCGAACAAGAGCUUGAAACAAUUUGGGGAAGUCAUUAGCAAUCCGGAGAUUCAAGUACUAGUUCCUAUAUUCUUGAAGGCCAUGGUCGAUCCAUCCAAGACACCCAAUGCUCUAUCUUCUUUGUUGAAGACAUCCUUUGUACACUAUAUUGAUCAUUCCUCCUUGGCCCUUGUCAUUCCUAUCUUAGAGCGUGGACUUCGAGAGAGAAGCGCCGACACGAAACGCAAAGCAGCUCAAAUUGUUGGUAAUCUAGCGUCUCUCACCGAUUCAAAAGAUUUCGUGCCAUACUUGUCAUCCCUCUUACCAAUGGUCCAUAUCGUCUUGGUUGAUCCUGUUCCAGAGGCUCGGGCCACUGCGGCUAAGGCGUUAGGUACUCUGGUCGAGCGUUUGGGUGAAGUGCAUUUCCCUGAUCUGGUGCCGAGUCUAAUCAGAACCCUCAAGACCGAUACGUCCGGAGUUGAUAGGCAGGGUGCAGCUCAAGGGCUCAGUGAGGUCCUUUCGGGUCUGGGAAUGGAGCGUCUUGAGGGACUUCUGCCUGAUAUCAUUGCCAAUGCCCAAUCACCACGGAGCACUGUCAGAGAGGGAUUCAUGUCACUCCUUGUCUUUUUACCCGCCACAUUCGGUACUCGCUUCCAACCUCACCUACCCAAGAUCAUCUCCCCCAUCCUCAGUGGGCUUUCAGAUACAGAGGAAUAUGUCAGAGAGGCUGCUAUGCGAGCAGGACGAAUGAUUGUCACUAAUUAUUCCAGUCGAGCGAUAGACCUCCUUCUUCCGGAACUCGAACAUGGAAUGUUUGAUCCUGGUUGGCGCAUCAGGCAAUCUUCCAUCACGCUAGUCGGCGAGCUCCUUUUCAAAGUAUCUGGAAUCAGCGGCAAGUCCGAGAUCGAGGAAGACGAUGACGGUGUUGAUGUGGCCGUGGCGGAGACCUCUAGGAAAGCACUCACAGAGGUUUUGGGGGCCGAACGCAGAGACCGCAUCCUCUCAGCGCUCUACCUUGCUCGCCAGGAUGCCAUUCACGCUGUCCGCCAGUCGUCAAUACAUAUUUGGAAGGUGCUUGUCGCCAACACCCCAAGGACCGUAAGGGAAAUAUUACCAGAGCUUGUUUCUCAAGUUUUGCUUCUACUCUCUAGUUCGGAGUUUGAUCAACAAGAGACGGCAGCUCGUACAACUGCAGAGUUGUGCCGCAAAUUUGGUGAAAAAGUCAUGGGCGAAAUAGUGACAACUCUCCGAAACAAAUCAACCUCACCUGAUUCUAGGACAAGACGGAGUGUCUGCUUGAUGCUAUGUGAAGUCUUAACUAGCUCUAAUGAUGCCCAGCGAGAAGGUCACGAAGACGAUAUCAUCUCCAUGGUUAGAACAUCUCUCGUUGACGACGACAGUAGUGUCCGGUCCGCGGCUGCGAAAGCGUUCGACGUUCUGCAAGAACAUCUGGGCGCGAAAGCGAUCGAUCAAACGAUUCCCACCUUGUUAGAGGCCUUGCGUCAACCCGGUGAGAGCUCCGGUACUGCACUCAAAGCCCUCAAAGAAGUGAUGAGCGUCCGAGCAUCCACCGUGUUCCCUGUACUGAUUCCCACUUUGACCACCACCCCCAUGACUGUCUUUAAUGCUCGAGCACUGGCGUCUCUUGUAACUGUAGCCGGUAACGCGUUGAGCCGGCGGCUCUCUGUUAUUCUUGGUACAUUGGUCAAGGCCAAUGAAUCAUUAGACGACCAACCCGAUGAGGAUCUCCAAGAAGCUAUAGAGGAGGCAAUCAAAUCCCUUCUGGCAUCGGUGAAUGACCCAGAAGGAUUGAACACGCUAAUGCUGCUCCUUCUAGGAUGGGUCAAACAUGAUGAUCCCAAGCGCCGUAUCAGCGCAUCUAAAUAUUUCGCUCUAUUUUGCCAAGUCUCUGAGCUCGAUUCAUCAUUGUACCGUGUGGAUUGGAUUCGCCAGCUUGUCUCGUCAUUAGACGAUCGCGAUAUUGCGGUUCAUACGGCUGCGUGGAACGCAUUUGACAUAUUUGUCAAGUCUAUUCCGAAGGAUGAACUCGAACCUCUGGUCGUGCCUCUUCGAAGGACUAUUGAAGGAACCGGGGGUCCUGGUUCUACCGUUCCAGGCUAUAGUCUUCCCAAAGGCAUUGCUCCCUUUGUCCCGAUCGUCAUCGCAGGUCUUACAACAGGUAGUAACGAGCAAAGAGAGCAGGCUGCGUAUGCGAUCGGCGAUCUCGUCGAACGGACAGAACAAAAUGCCAUGAAACCCUUUGUUGUCCCCUUCACAGGCCCUCUUAUUCGUGUGGCCACUCAGGCAACGACCUACCCGCCGGCUGUCAAAACUGCCAUCCUGAGUGCACUAAUGACAAUGUUGGAGCGGAUCCCAGCGUUUGUCAAGCCCUUCUUUCCUCAACUACAGCGCACCUUUGUCAAGAGUACGAGUGACGCAGCGAGUGCUGUUGUUCGGACGAAGGCUGGGCAGGCUUUAGGUGUUCUGAUGAAGAAUCAGCCGCGUGUAGACCCAGUUGUCGCAGAGUUAAUUACAGGGGCAAGAUCGAACGAUGACAGUAUUGCGGGUAGUUUGAUUCUCGCUUUGGCCAACGUUGUCAGGAGUGGAGGAGAUAAUGUUGGUGAGAAGGCCAAAGAGUCCGCAUUGGAAGUCGUAGCAGAUGCAUUCAAAGAGAGCCAUGACGAACAUUAUCUGCAAUCAAUUGCACAACUCUUCGCGUCGCUCUCUCUUCAUCCCAAACUUGUUCAGCCCAUCGUCGAGACCUACCUCACAGGCGGCACGCCUCCAAACAUUCUAUCUUCACACUGCAUACUUGCAGUCUUGUCGCCAUCUGAUGGAAACGAUCCAGAAAUCGACAUAUACAGUGUCUUCCAUGACUUACGAAAUGUCUUGCAGAAGCUACAGGAAAACAUUGGGACGGACAAGCCGAGUAUCGCUCGUCCUGCGCGGGAAGCCCGAGAUCUACUGAAACGGCUAGACGAAACAUUACACGGAUCGUAGGGCUUAGUUUCCUAGUGCAGCCGACUGCCAAAAAUCGAGACUCAGUCUUAUCUACUGUUCUGCAAGAUCAUUGUAUAUUAAUCAAAAGUCGGUAUAACAAACGAUGGCGUUAGUGGAGUCGUGUGCGAAAGGCUUCUGUCUGGGGAUAUGCGAAGUGAGUCGAUGAUGGUCUGCAAUCCUACAUUCCCUCCAAGUCUAUCGAUUUCUUCGUACGUUUGCUUCUCGAGCUUGUGCAGCACCCGCAGUGUGUAGUCGAACGAUUUCGUGUGAUUCUGGAGGUACGAAAUUAUAUGCACUUUCAGGGUCGGCGUUGUUGGACGCUUCUGGAGUACAUC